CCUUUAUUAGUCGGGAUGCUUCGGAUCUUAUCUAACAUUUGACGCUCUGCUUCCUGAAGGAGUGGAACGAGGAAAUACCGGGAUUAUCCGUCCGAGAUCACCGCGCCUUAUCUCACAUCUUGAUCCGGAACACGCGGAUGAACGAGCCGCCACUUCCAGCAUCAUCAUCCGUCUAUUGUCUCUCCUCCACUGGACACUUGACACUCGCUGAUAACAAUCUCUGGAUCUUCUUUACCUUCUGGGAACCUUUUUUUUUUUAAUCCGAUCCCAAAUGUGGCAAGUUGAAAAAAAGUAAAGUUAAAAAGUGACGCGGUCGCUGGAAUAUGAGUUAAUCUGGAGUUGAGAUUAAACACUUGAAAAUUUGUCCCUCAACUUUUUUGACGAGGUGCUUCUGGAAGAGUGACACCGCCCCCCCAAAACAGGAGAUCCAAGAUGAUGCUCAGUCCGGACCAGGCGGAGGCGGAUCUCUCCUGGACUCAGUCCGACCCGGAGUCGCUGCUCAACGGGCUCAAAUCCGCGGGCUGCACCUCGGACGAGCCGGCGGAGGGCGAGGACCGGGUGAAGUGCAAAGCCGACCAGCCCUUGAGCCGGGAGGAGAAGAGGAGGCGGCGGAGAGCCACAGCCAAGUACCGUUCGGCCCACGCCACCAGAGAGCGGAUCCGAGUGGAGGCGUUCAACGUGGCGUUCGCGGAGCUUCGGAAAUUACUUCCAACUUUACCCCCGGACAAGAAGCUUUCCAAGAUUGAGAUCCUCAGACUGGCCAUCUGCUACAUCUCUUAUCUCAAUCACGUCCUGGAUGUUUAGAUCCGCAACCCGCUCCACGAGAGAUUUGGACUCGUGUUGUCUUUUCGGGGUAAAUGUUGACAGCUGUGAUCAUUUCUAAAGCAGAUGAUGUUCAUAAUGUGUACAAGAUGUCUAUUUUUAGGCCCAAAAACGGAGGAGGAUUUGAGUCAGAAAAGGCCUUAAAACGUGCCUAAACAAAGUUAAACCGGUUGUAAAUAGCUAAUUUAAUAACUGGUGUUCGGGAAAUGCGCCGCAGUGUCAGGAGGCAGCUCUCAGAUCGGUGGGAUUGGCAGUCGAGAAGUUUGAAGAAACCAAAAGUGGUGAGAAACAUCUUCAUUCUGAGGCCCAGUUCAACAGUGGAGAAGCGCUGUCAAGGUGUACUCUGCGUGAAGGAGGCUGCAGGAGCAUCGCUCAUGAAGUCUCUCGGGCAAAAGUUAGAGCGCCUCGAUCAACGCAUUAAACCCGUACAUGAAACUCCAAACGAUAAAAGGUGACCCCAGCAUUGCUUCGUCAAUUAAUUCUGGGCAAUGUUGAAAAUGAAUUUUCUCAAAUAUACAUAACCUUUACACAACGUUGAGAAACGAAUACUUCGAUUUCAAAACAAACAAUUUCAAUCGGCAGUUUAAUCGCCUUGUUCUCUUUCAAAAAUGAUUCUCGAUCAAUAUCUAAAUUAUUCCGACCUAGUGUCCAAAAUAGACGCUCGUCUGUCACCACACAAACUAUUCUGCAAUAUAAAAUAGUAAAGUGAAUGAAGUCAUUGUCUCACAACAGGAAUAAAGGGGGAAGCGUUUUCCUUAAUAUAAUCAAUAUUUAAUAUUUCAGCAAAGUGCUCGAGUUUUUGCAUCGAACAAAACGAACUGUGGCGGAUUAAACGAGUACACGUUCUUUAAUUAUUCAUGGGUACUUUUUCUUGGCAGACGAAUUAAAAUAAAAGACUAGCAUCAAGGCAAAUCCUCGUGAUAGUAAAAAAAGUAAAUUAAAUUCCUCCUCCCAACAUAGCAAUCAACAGCCCUAAAAAAACGACGAAAACACAAUGAACGGAUGUGAUAGCUGCUUUAGAUUUAGAAUAGUUUUUCCGGAAAGGAAGAAAAAAAAAAUAUUUAAAGUGCCAUUUCUGACGUAUAAAAUUGUGACCUUAAUCGUUUUCUUUUAAUGGAGCUAUUUAUUUAUUUAUUGACUUGUGUUAAUAUAUAUUUAUUUAUGGAUUAUAGGCUGGCGUCCUGUAGUAAAAUACAUGUAUAUGUUCGUUGCUUCUAAUUUAGGCUGUGGAAUAUGUUCUUUGUAUGAGGCACUUUCUGUUCAUCCAUAAUGUUUGUCACAUUUCUUUGAUGUUAUGAGUUAUUUAAAUGUCUGCUGUCUAUGAACAGCAACGAUAAGCACUUCAAUAUGGAGCUGAUUAUGGCUCCAUAAAUGUUUAUUUCCCUAAAUAGAUGAGGUGGCUGUGAGAUUAAUUGGCAUCGUUUUUAAUGUGAGAGGGAGUCAGCAGUGAUGAUGGCGAACUCUCUGACGAGGUUCAUCUUUGGAUAUCGACCUCUUUCUGCUGUUACCAAAAAAAGAACAAAUAAUUACGACGAACAUUUCUUCUUCUUUUUUUCUACCCGAUGUCUCGGCUAUACGACGUGAUUUAUAGUGAAGGGAAAAAAACAUAUCCUCUAUCCAAAGAUUUUUGUCUCUUCAGGGUUGUGUAGCUACUUGUUGCUUUAUGCAGAUCUUUUGUAGUAGAGGUGUUGUGUGACAGCUGGUUUCUAACGGACAAACUUUUCAUAUUUCCGCUGUUAUUUUUCAUUAAAACAGAAA